AUGAAAAGCUUUACAGUCGAAGUGGGUCCAGAACAACCUCAAGGCGGACGUACGAGAAGAUCUAUCUUUAGUCCUGAAUCCUUAGUUCGUGUGCCUGCUCCUCAUAUCCAUACACUCUAUGAUGUUCUUGUCCACAGCGCAAAAAAAUAUUCUGAUCGAAAAGGCUUCGGCUUUCGUAAGGUAGAAAAGAUAGUAGAGGAAGAAAAGGAGGUGAAAAAGUUUGUCAACGGCGAAGAGGUCAAGGAUAAGAAGAUUUGGAAAUUCUUUCAGCUAUCACCUUAUUUUUACUUGACUUACAAGGAAGCCUCAAGACUAACCCAUGAUGUUGGUGCUGGUCUCGUCAAGUUGGGUCUUUGUGAGAAAUCAAAGAUUGAAAUAUUUUCACCCACAAAUAUGUACUGGCUAUUAACAGCUCACAGCUGUUUUACUCAAAACAUGACCAUUGUUACUGCAUAUGACACAUUGGGUGAAGCUGGUUUACUUCAUUCAAUGAAUGAAACUGAGGUGGAGGCUAUUUAUACCGUAGGUGAACUCUUGACGACCGUAUCCAAGGUGGCGAACAAGUGUCCUUCUCUCAAAUAUAUCAUAUACAGCGGCGAAAUCAAAACGGACGUACUUGACAAAGUUCAAAAAUCCGUCUCUCAACAGGUGGUGUCGUUGGAUGAAGUCGCCAAAUUAGGUAGAGAAAACCCAAGAGAGCCUAGACAGCCUGAGCCAGAGGACUUGUGCUGCAUCAUGUAUACUUCGGGAAGUACGGGAAAUCCAAAGGGUGUUAUGCUUUCUCACAAAAAUAUCAUUGCCGCCAUUGCUGGUGUUAAUACAAUUCUGGGUCAUCUUGUUACUGACCAUGAUUCAAUGAUGGCAUAUCUCCCCCUAGCUCACGUCCUUGAAUUUGUCGUAGAGAACCUUUGUAUCUUUUGGGGUGUCACUCUGGGUUACGCCAACGUUCGUACUUUGACAGAUGCUUCUGUUCGCAACUGUAAAGGAGAUAUAAAGGAGUUUAGACCAACCUUGAUGACAGGUGUUCCUGCUGUAUGGGAAUCUAUACGUAAAGGUAUUCUUGCCAAGAUCUCUUCUGCCUCUCCCAAGGCACAAAGGAUGUUCCAAAAGGCAUAUGCUACAAAGGCUUGGCUCCUUGAGCGCCACUUACCGACAGGAUUCAUUGAUAAGGUUGUUUUCAACAAGAUAAAGGAUCAAGUUGGAGGGAGACUUCGUUUUGCUCUUUCAGGUGGUGCUCCCAUGUCAGUUGAGACACAAAAGUUCUUAUCAGUCACAGUCUGUCCCAUUUUGGGAGGCUUUGGCAUGACAGAAAGCUGUGGUAUGUGCUGUAUCAUGACGCCAGAGCAAUUUGGAUAUGGUCAAGUAGGCGCGCCUGUUCCUUGUUGUGAGAUUAAAUUAGUCGACGUGCCUGAAGCCAACUACUAUUCGACAAAUGCUAAACCUCAAGGUGAAGUAUGGGUUCGUGGCCCUGCUAUCACAAAGGGCUAUUGGAAACGAGAUGAUAUCACCAAAGAAACGUUUACGGAGGACAAUUGGUUAAUGACUGGAGAUAUCGCUGAAUGGAAUGAAAACGGCACCUUGACCAUCAUUGAUCGUAAGAAGAAUUUAGUCAAGCUGAGUAACGGUGAAUACAUUGCUCUCGAAAAGUUGGAAUCUAUCUACAAGAGUUGUGUCUAUGUGACAAAUAUCUGUGUUUAUGCUGACCCUCUAUUCCCUAAACCCGUCGCAUUGGCUGUCGUCUCAGAACCUGUUAUUCGCCGUUUAGCUACAGAAAAGAAUGUGUCAGAGAGAGAUUGGGAAAAGUUAUGCUGUGACGAAACCAUCAAAAAGACAAUCUUACAGGCUCUGCUGGCUCAAGCAAAAGAAGGUGACCUGAAGGGCUCAGAGCUCAUUUUUGAUGUCCACUUAUGUCAUGAAGAAUGGACUACAGACUCAGGUAUGCUAACUGCUGCCCAAAAGAUUAAGCGUCCUGAAAUCACAAAGGCGUAUAAAAAGGAAUUAGAUGACAUGAAUGUUAAACAAAAGGUCUAA